AUGUCGAACUUGGCGGCUCGAUUUGCCGUCCCAUUUGGCCUCGGCCUCAUGGCUCUCCAGGCUUCCCUCUACGACGUUCCAGGAGGCUACCGUGCCGUCAUGUUCGACCGAUUCCAAGGUGUCAAGGACCUUGCUACCGGCGAAGGCACACACGUUCUCGUGCCAUGGCUGCAGAAAGCCAUCCUCUACGACGUCCGCAUCAAGCCACGCAACAUCUCGACCACCACCGGCUCCAAGGAUCUGCAGAUGGUCUCGUUGACGCUGCGAGUGCUCAGCCGACCCGACAUCCAGCACCUCUCCAAGAUCUACCAGAACCUCGGUAUCGACUACGACGAGCGAGUUCUGCCUUCCAUCGGAAACGAAGUGCUCAAGGCUACGGUUGCGCAAUUUGACGCUGCCGAGCUCAUCACCCAGCGAGAAGUCGUCUCGGCCCGUAUCCGCGAGGACCUGUUGAAGCGCGCCAGGGAGUUCAACAUUGUUCUCGAGGAUGUGUCCAUCACCCACAUGACGUUCGGUCAGGAUUUCACAAAGGCGGUCGAGCAGAAGCAGAUCGCACAGCAGGAUGCAGAGCGUGCCAAGUUCAUCGUCGAAAAGGCCGAGCAGGAGCGACAGGCUUCCGUCAUCCGUGCGGAGGGUGAAGCCGAGGCGGCACAGACCAUCUCGAAGGCGUUGGAGAGGGCCGGUGACGGUCUGUUGACCAUUCGAAGGAUCGAGGCGUCCAAGGAUAUCGCUUCGACGCUGAGCAACGCCAAGAACGUCACUUACCUUCCACGCGGCCAGGGCAUGCUUCUCAACAUGCAGACGUAA